UCGUAGUCUGACAGAAGAAGAAGCUGAAAAAAGUAUUUCAGUCGAGUUUUAGUGCGACAAUUUUUCUAAUUUCGUAAUAAAAUGUGUAAUAAUGGAAAACAGGCAGCCCAGUUUAAAUGAUGUGAUAGUGCCAGAAUUGUACUUCCUAAUUUCGAAAUUUCUCACUGCGGGGCCCCUGGAAGAGACGGCAAAGGUUCUGGUGCAAGAAUUAGAGAAAAAGAAGGUUCUGCCCCGACGCAUUGACUGGCUGGGCAAUGAGCAUGAACAGACAUUUGCUGAAUUGGAACAAAAAUACGCGCAUAUUGGGCCGAAUCAUCUGCUAGAAAUAUGCAGCCGUCUUGGUCCGUUAGUCGACAAAGAGUUGGCGCCGAGCGUGCCAGGAAUAAACUCAUUGCUUGGUACUGGCCGACAAAAUUUGUUGCGCACAAAAGACACCGUAUACAAACAUCGUACUCUACGGGAUUACUGCACACGUCUGCAUGGCACAUCACUGCCGGACUCAGCCCUCACCAAGCCCGUACACAAUUUAACCAAGGUACUCUUCGGACGAGAACAUGGCGGGUUGGUUCGUCGCAAGCUGCUGGUGCCCACAGAUCUCUACCGCAAGACCAAGUUGUUGCGGCGUACAAUUGGCCAUCUUUCCUCGGUGUAUUGUGUGCUUUUUGAUCGCACUGGCCGGUAUAUAAUCACUGGCGCCGAUGAUUUGCUCAUCAAGAUAUGGUCUGCGGCGGAUGGGCGUCUGUUGGCUACGCUGCGCGGAGCCUCCGCUGAAAUAACUGACAUUGCUAUCAACUUGGAUAAUACAAUGUUGGCUGCUGGCUCAGUGGAUCGCAUUUUACGCGUCUGGGACAUGCAAACCACUUCACCGAUAGCAGUUCUUGCCGCCCACACGGGCAUGAUAACCUCGGUUAACUUUUGUCCCUCACCACGCAGCGAUCUCAAAUAUUUAGUGACAACCAGCACAGAUGGCUCCAUUGCCUUCUGGCAGUAUUCGACACCGCGCGGACAAAAAAUAACCUUCGCUCCGAGGCCCACCCAAUAUCACGAAAAGCUAAGGCCGGGACAGGCUCAAAUGAUGUGCACAACUUUCUCGCCAGGUGGCAUGUUUUUAGCAGCUGGCUCUGCGGAUCAUCAUGUGCGCGUCUACAUGAUGGCCGAAGACGGGCCCAAGCGCAUCCUAGAAAUAGAAGCUUACACAGACGCAGUCGAUUCGGUGCAGUGGUCGCAUCGCGGCUUACGUUUCAUAUCGGGCAGCAAAGAUGGUACAGCUCACAUUUGGACAUUUGAGUCGCAACAGUGGAAAAGCACUAAACUAUGCAUGACCGAGCGACUGCCCAGUUGUCCAGAACCAGAGGAGGGCAAGAAACUAAAGGUUACCAUGGUCGCCUGGGAUGCCUCAGAUCGUUAUGUUAUAACUGCUGUCAAUGAUUUUACAAUUAAAAUCUGGGACUCAAAAUCCGCUAAGCUGCAUCGCGUGCUCCGUGGUCACAAGGAUGAACUGUAUGUGCUUGAGUCGAAUCCAAGGGAUGAGCAUGUGCUGCUUUCGGCCGGCCACGAUGGCCAGGUAUUUCUGUGGGACAUUGAGCAGGGUGUGUGCGUGGCUCAGUUUUUUAAUGACAUCGAUGGCCAAGGUCAUGGUAGCGUAUUUGAUGCCAAAUGGUCACCGGAUGGUACAAUGAUAGCUGCGACUGACUCGCAUGGUCAUAUGUUGAUCUUUGGCCUCGGCAUUGGCACCGAAAAGUACAAAUUACUACCCACAGAGCUGUUUUUCCACACGGACUUUCGUCCUCUGAUUCGUGAUGCACAUCAUCACGUCGUGGAUGAGCAAACACAAAUAAUGCCACAUUUAAUGCCACCACCAUUUCUGGUUGAUGCUGAUGGUAAUCCACAUCCGACUAAAUAUCAGCGGUUUGUUCCUGGCCGUGAACGGUGUAGUAUGGAUCAAUUAAUACCCAAUUUGACUGUGGGCAUCGAUGGUAUUGUCAUUGAGGAUAAUAUAAAUGCACCACCGAAUGCUGCUGCUCUACCUCCUGCACCUGCAGCUGGUGGAGUCGGAGCUGGAGCAGCAGGAGUGGGACCAGGCGGUAAUUACUCGCAUAUCGAUCGCAUGAUCGCAGCACUGGCCAACCGACAAGGCAACAACGUUAAUAAUGCCAAUGCCAACGAUGGCAACGUUUUGAAUCAAUCAUUCGAGCGACUAAUCAUGCGCCAAGGACAGGAUCAAUUGCCCGACUCGAAUUCUUCGCGUAAUGCCACGCCACGUGGAAACGUGCUAGGCGGACGUCGUUCGAUAACCGAAGGCGCUCCUCGUCAGGGUUGGGCUGCGGCGUUGCCAGCAGCACCGGCGCCUGCUGCGGGAGAACAGGCGCAAGCUGAGCCACUGCAUAAUGUGCUACCUGCUCAACAGGCAAUGCCAUUCAAAUUCGUGCGUCGCACUUAUGUUCGUCCCAUGAAAUAUGCGCAGCUACAGAACCUCAAGCAGACCAUAUAUUCCGCUGGCCAAUUCGAAAUGCAAGAAUAUAAACGUGAGAUGCGACGUCGCCCUAUCAUGAUAAACACGGCCAGUGCAGCAUCUGCAUUGCAGGCUGGAGUUGGCAGGCCACGGAACACACGAUCUAAUGGGGGCGGAAGGCCUGGACGUAGGCGUGGAGCUCAGUCUGGUCAGCAGCAAGGAGGGCAACAGCCUGCAUACCGGACUCGUGCUGUGCGCGACCAGGAGGAGGACCACUAUGAAGAUGCAGCUGUGGCCGCCCCACAUGAGGAAGAGGAAGAUGACGAUAGCAGCAACAGUUCCGGGGAUACUAGUUACUCGAAUGUUGAAGAGAAUCUAGAGGAUAGCAGUGAUGAAUCUGAUACGGAUAGCUCCGAUUAUUCAGACUGGGUAGCCGAUACGCCCGGCCCAAAUCUCGAGCCACCUAAGCGCUCCAAGCGCAAACCACUCUCUCGCCGUCGAACCAUGAGUGAUGACAGUAGUGAUGACGCAACGGCAGCUGCUUCCAGCAAAAAGCGUGGCCGCAAGCGAGUGCUAAUACCACCGACGGCGCCAAAUGGCGAAAUUCCAGAGCUUUACCGUCCAGCCGAGUGGCUUUCGGAAGUGAUACCACGCAAGGCACCGUACUAUCCUCAAAUGGGCGAUGAGAUUGUCUAUUUCCGCCAAGGUCAUCAGCGUUAUCUGGAGGCGGUUCGUCUCAAGAAGGUCUACAAGCUAUCGCACAGCUCUGAGCCUUGGAACUUUCGUACACUGCGUGAUCAUGAAUUAGUUCGUGUGAUUGGCAUUAAAUACGAGAUUCGUCCGCCGCGUUUGUGCUGCCUCAAGUUGGCCAUCAUCGAUGACGAGGGAAACAUGACGGGCACUACAUUUAAGAUCAAGUAUCAUGACAUGCCCGACGUACUGGACUUUCUGGUACUCCGCCAGACUUUCGAUUUGGCGGUGCAGCGCAAUUGGAAUAUCGGCGAUCGCUUUCGUUGUAUGAUCGGGGACGGAUGGUGGAUGGGUCAGAUUGAGUCGCGUCAUGCACUCAGCGCCGAUUUUCCAGACUCAUUUUUCAUGUGUUUCCGUGUGCGCUGGGACAAUGGCGAGUACGAAUAUAUGAGUCCCUGGGAUAUGGAGCCCAUCGAUGAACAGCGUCUGCCAGAUGAAGUGGGCGGCGCUGUGCCCGUGCUGCCAGAAGAGAUACGCGCCACGCUAUACCAACCCAAGUCCGAGGAGUGGCAUCGGGGCGAUCGCGACGGCACUUGUCGGCGCAUAAUCAAUGGUCUCGAGCAGGUGAUGCGUUUAUCAAUAGCGGAACACUUUCUGGCGCCAGUCGACCUCAACAUAUAUCCAGACUAUGCGUAUUUAAUUGAAUAUCCCAUCGAUUUAACGACUGUCAAGUCACGUUUCGAGAACCAUUUCUACCGUCGCAUCACUUCGGCUCAGUUUGAUGUCCGAUAUUUGGCCACUAAUGCGGAGCAGUAUAAUCGCCGCCACACCAGCAUCGUCAAGCAUGCCCGCAUUGUGACUGAUCUGUGUCUGCGUAUCAUAAGGGAGCCCGAUGAAAUAGAUGUGGCGGCCGUUUAUCAUCAGCUGGUCGAUAUUUACCACUCAUCGGAGUCGGAGAAUGAAGCUGAUUCAGAUGUUGUACCAUCGACCAGCACUGGUCCAACGACAUCAGCAGCUGCUGCUCGCCAGCGUGUUUCGUCGACGCGACGCUCGACUCGCAUACGCUCAGAUGGCGAUUGGCGUUCCGACUGCCGACAGCUGCUGGAUCUGAUGUGGCAGAGGCCAGAUUCAUUGCCUUUUCGCGAGCCAGUCGAUACGAUUGAGUUCCCAGAUUAUUUGGAAAUCAUUGCCACACCGAUGGACCUGCGUACAGUCAAAGAGGAUCUACUAGGCGGAAAUUACGAUGAUCCUUUGGAUUUUGCCAAGGAUGUGCGCCUCAUAUUCCUCAAUUCCAAGAACUAUAACACCAAUAAACGCUCACGGAUCUAUGCAAUGACGCUGCGCUUAAGUGCGCUCUUCGAGUCGCAUAUAAAGACGGUGAUCAGCAGUUGGAAGGCAGCGCGUAGACGCGCCAACAAGAACAAAUCGGGUAGCAGCGGGCGCGGGUCCAGCAGCCCAAGCAAACGAACGCCACCGGAUCGUGCCACACGACGUACACAGAAACCGCCAGGUGCUGCCAGAAGAUUGCCAGCACACAGCAGCGAAGAAGAUGAGGAUGAUGACGACGACGAUGACGAUGAUGAUAGUGUGGCACAACAAGCGCCGCGUGGCUCGCAGCGUGCCAAUAGACGUCGCAAUGGCGUGGCCGCCCCUGCCGCAAGCUCGAGCUCUAAUCGUGUUACAUCAUCAUCGUCCAAUCCUCAGCAACGUCACCAUGAGAGUAGCAGCAAUUCGGAUAGCGAUGAGGAAGAAGAAGAGGAGGAAACGACACCGGAUGCUACCAGCGAUGAAAAUGAGGAUGAAGAAGCGCACUCCAAUGACAGCUCGCCACAGCAGGUACGUCGCCGUCGCGGACGUCCAGCGCGCCAGAAUGUCAGCGAUGAUGAGACCAAUGCCAACGAUUCCGAGGAGAGCUACAAUCCAAAUGAGCGUCGCCGCGGUCGUGCAGGUGGCGGUAACAAGCGCAAAGCUAAUAGCAAGCGAAGACACAACAACAAAAGACAUCGCUUGGAUCCGGAUAGCCAGCCUGGUGGCAGUCGUGGCGGGGCUGUGGCCACCACUCGUCGUACCCGCCGUUUGCUCGGCAGCUCUGAAGAUGAGAAUCACACAGCAGCAUCCCAUUCCCAGCCAGAUGAUAGCACUCAAGACAGUCAAACACCCCGCAAGAAAGGUCGCCCGGCAAAGAGCAAGAACCCAACAGCCGUUGGGAAUGGGCCAAGCACUAGUGCGGCUGCAGCUUCAGCCGGCUCCAGUGUUGAGAGCCCCUUACGAAAUACGCGUGCCAAUGGAGCACGCUCUCAGAAUGCAGCCGAAAAUGAUCACAGCUAUCAUCUGCCAGUUCGCAAUGGUCGUAUUAUUGACUCGGAUACGGAUUCUCAUGGCCCAGUUGGGCGACCCACCAGACAGAGUGCAAAACGUGCAUUAAUGGAUUGGGCACGUGGCAGUGAUAUCGACGAGGAUGAUGACGAUGAUAGCGAGGAGGCUGAAGAGAUUUUACCCACGCCCACAAAGGACGAUAUGCCCUCGACUAGUCGGGCUGCCUUAGGUCAAGCUGCUGCUGCCACUUCAUCGCGGCAACUGCGCACGAAUCGAAAUACCGUUGUAGCUGUUGCUGCGGAGAGUGAUGAUGACGAUGACAGUGAUAAUGAGCCUUUAGCCAAUAACCAGCAAAAAACUGCCACUGGACCUGCGAGAACCAACACAACAGCUCCGCAUCCGUUGACGUUGCGCCGACGCUUACCUUCGGUGCCACGUAGCACGCAUAUGACGCGGUCGCAUGCCACAUCAACAACGAGUAGCUCUAAUCAACAGGAGCCAGCAAUGGCUGCCCAUGACCAUAACUAUCUGGGCAAUGAAUCAGCGGCGGCUACGCGUGCUCCUCGUCGCGUACUGUCGCGUCAUCAGCGCAAUGCGGAUGAAUUGGACACAAGCAUUGAUCCACUGAAUAGUUCACGUCUAUUGUCUCUUAUGUCCAAUCCUCGACGUCCCACCUCUACAACAAACAACGUAAGCACACGUCGGUUGCGCGCUCGCACCAGUCAGGAGCACUCACAGGGUGAAGAGGAAGAGGCCGAGCCGCCUGAAGAGGAGGCCGCUGCCUCUGACGAAGGCACUGAUGGUGGUUCCAGUUCUCAGGGUAGCAAUGAUGAUAAUGAACCAACUGCCACAGACUCUGAAGACAAUCAGCCCUUGACUAGCUAUGUGUCGCCCAGCAAUGGACGAACACGACGUAAAACCAAAACGUCAUCUUCAUCAGCAACGACUGCAACGCAGGGACGCGAGCAGCGACGUCGUCGUGCUCGUGCUGCUUCUGAUCAGUCUGUAAACGAUGACGAUGAUGAUGACUAUGAGGCUCCGCGUGGGCGACCCAAUCGUCUUCGUAGCAAUCAGCGCAGUGGCCGUAAUCAGAAGCGUCCGCGUUAUAAUGAGCAAUCCGAUGAGGAAGACCAACCAGAGGGAACCAGCCAGCGGAAGCGUAUGCGCAACGGUGAUGCUCAAGCUACGACCAACAAUAACAGCUCUCAGGAACGCGAGCAACAGCCCCGCCUAGAUGAUGAUGACGGCAGCACUACGGUAGACAGUGAUGAGCAGCUAGUGAGCGUCAGCAGCCGUGGGCGUGUGCGGAAGAUAUCAGCAAAGGCACGUGGCAUAUUUAAGGAUUAAGAUUGGGCGCUCAGCUGCGCUGCGCUCAAGACUGUUUUAUGUAUAAACUAAUUAUAAUUGCAUGAGCAAAUUACAUUUUCUAUCAUUUGCUUCUUAUUAUUGAUUAAUGUGUAAGAGUAAUUUCAUUGUCAUUGUAACACGUCAGGUGUCCUGUGUAUCGCCAUCCUCACCCGCUAGCAAGCCCCCACCCCCAGACUAGACUUAAGGAAAUCGUGUUCACAUGUAUAACCAUAUUCACUAUAUAUAACACAAAUCCCUUCAUGCAUUGUUUCAAGUUUAUGAUUAUUCUUUUCCGACGCACGCUCGUCAAACAUUGCUGCUACAUAUUAUCAUGUAGCUGCAAUACGGAUGUUGCUGCAACAAGCUGUAUGUAUUUCUAUAUAUAUAAUAUACAUAUAUUUAAAACAUUAGCAUCCAAGAAUCACACACUUCAUUUAAAAUAGAUCUUAGAAUAAAGUAUCAACAAAA